UGCGUAUAUUGCGAAAUAAUCAGGCAGACAACUCAACAUGUGGGGUCAGGGGGUUGCUAAGGAACGGGACCUAUGGUGAAUAAAACAGUGUAAAACACACAGCAUCGCUACCUCGACUCAACAAACUGAAACUACUACCUCCCAGAGUGUUCUUGCUUAACAGCCACAACCUGUUGCACCAGGGACCAGAGGAGAACAGAAGCAUACUGGGUCUUUUCAGUACAGCUUAUAUAUUAGACCAAACAAAUUGGCAACCAGGAAAUGGACGAUACUAAGGCCUGCCUAGCCCUACGGAAGUGUGGGAGAGACAUUUACCGGCUACAUAAUACUUUCUGGAGAUCGCAGCAUUUCCAAAACUGAAUAAAUACCACACAUAUAAACACAAAACUGUUUUGCUAGCUCAAUCUCGUAACUAAGAUAACCACUGAAAAAAAAUAUUUUUCCAUGGACAGAUUUAGCUACUACAUCCACAAACUUCACAGACAUUUUUAAGCUAGUUGUGCUGUGUCACCAACUCACCAGCACAGCUGAUGGAGAAUGCCGGAGUGGAAGCGGAGAUAUACUCUCAACUGAAGGGAAAAUGGCUGUCAUUCCAGAGCAAUCAUCGCGACUCAGUCGGUCAUGCUGCUGCAUUCGUGCAUCUGUCGACAUGCAGGAGGUUGCCUCUGUUACUCAAGCUGCGCGGCAGCUUCAAAGACGCCGCUCGUCCUCUGCAACUCUGCAACACAGCUGCAGCUCCUCUCAGACGGGACUCCAAACCCCGUAAGCAAGCGACCGGCAAAGGUGCUCCAGCGGAGUCUGGCUCCAUGCAGAGUUUCUCAGUCAACCUCUCUACUCCAGUCAGAUCUCAACCAGACCAUCCCUCUCUGGCUGCUCGCCCGUCCCUACUCUGGCUCUCCCUCACCUGCUGUCAUUCCAGAGCAAUCAUCAUGACCCUCCUCCACACCAUCCACCUCCAUGGCCGUGUCCCGGAAGCUCUCUGCUCUUCAUCCCAGAUCACCAUCUCGCUUUCUCUACUCCCUUACUUCAGCACCAGGCCCGAGUUCACCAGAAUCUGCUACCACAUCACCAAGAUCUACGCCUCUUCAUCACCACCACCAGUGUCUAGAUUCCAUCAGGGGGUUAUCCUAUACUAUUCUCGCAUUCACCUCCCCCUUUCAUAUCCAGUGACAUCACGAUGGGGUCUAAUCGCCAAAGACUUUUCCACCGUCAUCUAUCAUGCUUAUUCAAUUAAUAUCAUUUACUUCAUAAAGAAACUGAGUCUCUCCUGAUUGAACUUUCUUCUUUUGUGUGUGUGUGUGUGUGUGUACAUGUGUCAUGUUUGUCGUUUUGACUGUCUCUCCUGCCUGUUGCUCUCACUUUCCUCCUCCAUCACCUUCCCUCUCCAAACUGUGUUCUCCUACCUGCUGUUUCUAUUUUUUCUAUAGGCACAAUUGAAUCAGCCAAAGGUUUAAAGGUCAUUCAUCUCAACAUUAGGAGCCUUGUUGCAAAAGUCGAUCUCCUCAGAGCCUGGGUUACUCUUUACAAACCCAACAUCAUCACUAUUUCUGAAACGUGGUUACAUAGUAAUAUUGCUGAUGAUGAAAUUAAAAUUGACAAUUUUGUUUUGUACAGAGCUGAUAGGGCUUCUAGAGGUGGUGGUGUGGCCAAAUAUGUCACUUCAAAUCUUGUCACUCAGUGUGUCAUUCCUAAUGUAGAGCCAGUUAACUUUGAAUGUCUUUUCGUCAACAUUAUUCUUCACGAUAACAAACAUUUAAUUAUUGGCAACAUCUAUAGGCCUCCCUCUGCUCCGACUGACUCCACUAAGUGGAGUCAGUCGGAGCAACUAUUAAUUCUCUUGAGAGGCAUAAUGAAAUGAUUAUCUUGGGUGACUUCAAUUGUAACUGGCUUGAUCGCUCCUUCUCCAAUGAUAGGAAUUUAAUUAAUAGUGUAAACCUCACUCAGUUAAUUAAGGAACCUACAAGAGUUGAUUAUCGGUCGUCAUCUCUGUUGGACUGGAUACUUGUCACUAAUCCUGAAAGAAUAAUUAAAUCUGGUGUUAUGUCAGACUGUUUAAGUGAUCACUCUGUUAUAUUUUGUGUCUGGAAAAUCAAAAUUCCAAGUUUGCCUCCUAAAUAUAUUAGACUGAGACAAUGCAAGAACAUUAAUGUAGAUAAUUUUAUUCAAGAUAUAAUUUCCAUUAAUUGGGACAGAUUUCAGUUAAUUCCUCUUGUUGAUGAUGUAUGGAACUUUUUUUAUUCUGAAAUUACAAACAUAAUUGAUAAACACACCCCCAUAAAAACAAUAAGCGUUAAAGGUAGACACCUACCCUGGAUUAGCUCACAAUUUAUCAGCCUUUUCAAACAAAGGGAUAAAGCCUGGGCCAAAUAUCGUCUGUCUAAGGAUGCUGCUGAUUGGGAAACCUACAGAUACUUGAGAAAUCUAUAUAAAACCAUAACAAGGAAUGCAAAAUCUAACUACUAUAAAGACAGCUUUUUACAGGAUUUCCGUGAUCCUAGACAGUUCUGGAAACAAUUGGACAAUAUUCUCAAUAAAACUAACAAAAAACUCUUAAACCAGAUACGUAUAAAUAAUGAAAUUAUUAAUGAUCCUCUACUUAUUUCCCAAGCUUUCAACCAUCAUUUCUCAUCUAUCUGUGGUUCCCAACACUUUAAUUCUUAUGAUAUGGCUGGCUUUUUAAACUGUACUACAAGGGAAAUGUCCUCCCCUCAUCCUAUUAAUGUGUUUUUACUCCCUCAUGGCAGCGUUUACAACUCUGACCAGUCUGAUCUCUGGCUGUGAUUGGCCACCGCAGCCUUCAGCUGCAGAGACGUCAGGUUGCAUUUCUCCAAAAGUUGACUCUGGCUCAACUUUCCGGCCGCAGUUUGGUGCAGUGCCACAGUGGCAAAAACAGCCACAGCCGAAACGCACUACCCCAUUCACAUGAAUGGGGGGACUGUCAUUUUUGCUGCACCGCCUGAUUUGAUCUGAAUACGGCCUAAUGGUUCUUUUUUCUUUAGGAAAAUUCUGCCUAUUGGUGUUUUUUAUGUUAUAAAUGAGUUAAAAGAAAAUAGUAGUGCUGGUCCAGAUGGUUUGGAGGCUAAAUUUAUUAAACUUGUAGCUCAUAUUCUAAUGUAUCCCCUUGCUGAUUUAUUUAAUAUGUCUAUAUCUACUUGUUCAAUCAAGGAGGAGAUCCACUAGAUGUGAAUAACUACAGACCAAUAUCUAUUAUCUGUACCAUUGACAAGAUUUUUGAGAAACUUAUUUUUAAUCAAUUAUAUCAGUAUAUAAAUCUGUGCAAUAUUCUAUCUCCAACCUAUUCUGGCUUUAGACCUAAUUUCUCCACCACAACAGCCCUUCUAAAAUUCACAAAUGAGGUGUUCUCAUCAUUUGAUAAAGGCCUACUCACAGGUGAAAGUUUUAUUGCUCUUUCUAAAGCUUUUGAUUUGGUUGAUCACUACCUCCUCCUUGAUCAGCUCCGUUCUAUUGGUCUAUCUCAAAAUGCUCUCCUCUCGUUUAAUUCCUAUCCUCAUAAUAUAUGUCAGUGUGUUGUCUUUCAAGGUUCUCAGUCUGAUUAUUUAACUGUUGAUAAGGGUGUUCCACAAGGCUCCACUCUUGAUCCACUUCUUUUCUCUAUCUUUAUUAAUGACUUACCACUAACAUGCUCAAAUUGUCAUAUUCAUCUAUUUGCUGAUGAUACUGUUAUAUAUACCUCUAACUCUGAUAUAUUACAGAUACAGAACUCCUUACAAUUUGACUUUAAUUUGGUUCAAAAAUGGCUUCAUAAUAACAGACUCAUAUUGAAUAAGAAGAAGUCCUGCAGCAUGGUGUUUGGCAUCCAACAAAGACAUCCACAUCCCUGUGGCUUUCAUAUUAAUUUUGAUGAUGGAUCCCCCUUGAGAGAGUUGACUCUUUCAAAUAUCUUGGACUUUGGAUUGAACCUGAACUCUGCUUUAAGCCCACAUUGAUUUUAUUAUGAAACAAACAUUUGGUCGUCAGUGCUCACUCUGUCACUCAAUUAAUUGUUUUUCAUUUCAUGUCAGAAAAAGAAUAAUCUCUCAGUUAAUUUUACCUGUAAUUGAUUAUGCUGACAUUGUCUAUAUGAACACCACUGAUACUUAUCUUAGACCCCUAAAUGUAUUAUAUAACUCUCUGUGUAGAUUUAUUUUGAGAUGCCCAUAUAAAACUCAUCAUUGCUUUAUGUAUGAAUCACUUAAUUGGCUGCAGCCUAAAGCUAGAAGGCAGUUUCACUGGGUUCAGUUAAUCUUUAACUAUGUUUAUUUUAAUUGUCCUUCCUAUUUGAAACCGUUUUUGGUUCCAUAUAGAUCUUCUUAUUCACUCAGACAUAUGCAAUAUCCCUUCUUUUCUGUCCCCAGAAUUUUUAAAGAAGUUGGACGCAGGGCUUUUCAGUACAAAGCUCCAGCUGAUCGGAAUGAUCUUCCUCUUUCUCUUAGAUCUAUUAACUCUUUUCGCUGCUUCAGGAGUUCUUUAUUCUGUCAUCUUAAAACAACCUGUUCAUGCUUUUCAUUUGUGUGUAUUUGCAAUUAGAAGAUGAAUUGUUUCAAGUGCUCCCGGUACUGAUGAAAGUGAUCAGAUUUUUACGGGUCAUUUCUCAUUUCUUGUAUCCAGUUUCUUGUACAACUGCUGAUGGUGGGGGGUGUGGGUGUGAGAUGAUGAGAGAGCUGUCUGUAUCUGUGUAUUUGUAGUCUAUGUUUGUUA